UGCUGCGCUGGUUAAAAGUCCAUUCCUCGUCGUAACUUCUGGGCUUGAUGCGCUAUCGCCAGAAAUCGGUUUAGAUUGUUAUAAUAUAAAGGCACCGUGAUAAAAUCAAACGAACCGUCAACAACGUCAAAGACAAGAAUAAUAGUUACAGUAUUAAAAAGCAGUUUCCCACAAAAUCACCGAGUGGUUGACGAUUUAGAGCGCGCCGAUGUCCACAAGUAAGAGGAGAGUGAAAAGAUUGGUUCAGCCCUCUGUGGAAUCUUCUAAUUUGCUAUUUCGACAUUCCUGACGAUCCUUGUGGUCGUUUGCCGCGAGGUUCGUGGGACUCGAGACAUACAAUGAAACAGAAGCGCUACUGUUGCCUCGACUGUCAAAAAACGUGAUUCAACCCCAGUUGUGGCUCCUGUUUUUUUGACUGUCGGCCCUCGCGAAAGGAACAUUGGCCGAUACUUAUACAGUCCAGAUACCGUGCGAAAGUUACCUGAUUCUAUCUAGAGUUAAUAUGCUUUGACAACACCCGUGCUUUCGGGAAUCGAUGACACGGUCAGGAAGUUUUUAAAGGAGAUUGUGAUUGUUUUUGUGUCAGUGAUUUUACUGAAGACAGAAGACUAGUGCGAACGUAUCUUUAAAUUUCCAAGACAAGUGUGUGAUAAGGUAAUUUCUAAAGGGCCAUUCUGGACAUUUGUCCAGAAGGAUAGAAACCUGGGGAACAUCCUCUUCAACAAUCUCCUCCGACAAUGAAAUUCAUCCGACUAAAAAGCCCUUCACCAAAGAAUAAAUUAUCAAAUAAAUCCUGCCAAGGGUUAGAGCUCACCUUUGUACAGAAUAUCAUGCAUGUACGAGGUUCAUUCGUGCGGAGGAUGUGGCGCGUAUCCCCUCACCUCACCGUAGUAUCACAGAAUGUCAACCAUUAUAUUUACCAUCGUACGUUCCAUUCAACGAUCCCCACUCGUAAUAUCACUGACAAAUUUAAUGCUCAACUAUUAGCAGUGGGGGGUGGCGACUUCGAGUAUUGUUGAGUGGAGAUCCCGCACGUGCAGGAUGACAAUCCCCUCGGUGAGUUCACGUUUGAUCCGGACAACAGUGAGAUGGGGUCAGAAAUACGGGGAGAAAAAAAAUUUUAGUGUGCAAUGUCACGCUUGUCUGAACUGGAUCUUAUUGGAUUCACUUUGCGCCCCACCGACGAGGACCUGCUAGAUUACACAUUGGAUUAUCACACUGGCAUACGUUAAAAACCGAUUUGACACGGUCAAGUGUUCGGCAUUGAAGAGGACAACGAUUUGCGUUGAUGAUUUGAGUUCUGAUGUCACGAAUUUUGUUUAAUUAUUUAUUGGGGGAGCAAGUCUAUCCACCCAUCAUCGCUAUAUUGUCGAUGUUCAAGAACAUCCAUAUAAAAAAUAACAAGUCUAGCUUUGCUGAAAAAUAGUAAAGCAUCCCCCCAUUUCAUCAACUCCUAUCCCAGCAGAACCGAAACCUUCAAUAUCAUCUCGAAGAAUAGAUUCUCCGAGGUAAUACUCUCCCACUUGGAAAUUAAGCUCAACACCACCACUACUAAACUGUUAAUUAAGACUCAUUAUGCGUCUGGUCUGUGUCAGGGUAAUGUCGGUGGGUAGGAAGAAGGACGAAUGCUGUAGAUAGAACGAAGAGAGGGAGAUAUGCAGUAAAGGAAAAUUCAGCGUCGGUGGAAUGAGAUGUGGUAAACGAGAUAAAAUGUCCCGAGCCUUCGCCAGCUAGGGGUUUAAACCCAGUGAAGAAAACUGAAGAGAUGUACAGACUGAUAUGUAAAGGGUGAAUUUCGAAAAGAGCUACGAGUUGAGUGGUAGAACAGGGGGAUGAGUUUAAAGCCAAAGGAAGGACUUCUUAAUACCGGUGCGGUAGCCCUGGGGUUCAUUGUGGGAUCAAUACAGAAACUCCGGACGCGUAGGAGUGGCAGCAUGUUGUCUCAUUGGACGUUUACCAAGGAUUGCUCCGAUUGGCUGUGGGCUGGCACUACCAGGAGGCGUAUCCACUGUAGUUGUACGAGGAGGGAUGAUCGGGCGGUCCUCGACCCUACACCGUAUGCCUGACUACAGUGUUGAAGGGGGCUAGCCGGUUUGACUAAAAAGACAACCAAAGGGGGGAAAGGCAACACCGACUAGAAAAAGUAUCGUGGUGGAAGCGGUGGGAGAGAGGGUGACACGACACCAGGGAUACCAAGGUUCAGUUUGUGUUUGCCCACCAGAGAAGCUGUACCAGUGACAAACCUCCGUCCAGUCAGAUUAAUCUGAAGGAUGUGAUUAUUAAUAUGUUGAUAAUUUUCUCAUUAAUGAGCAUCCAGCAUUGACGAUGUGUAAAUGUGAUUUGUCACUCGAUUGACCUCCACUCGUACCCCAAGGAGAUUGGUUUAUUGGUGAAGUGUUGUUGUGACAAGAGUGAGUAUUCUUCAUUGACUUGGAGAUUGACUUGUGCUGAGUGAACAAAUGUGAAAGAAGGAAAGCCAUCAUCCGAUGAUUGAUGAACCUUCAGUUACAGUGGAUGAGUGAUACCCUUAAGUUAAUCCGGGAUAUCUUAUUCUUCCUGGAGUCCCUGACAAAUCAGACUCUGAGUCAUCAACGAGGUCUCCAAUGCACUGUCACAGAUUCACUUCGCUGUCUCCACCGGCAUUUCGUUGGUGAAGGCAUGACAAUGAUUACUUCGAUUUGAGUUCCUCAGAGGUGUUAACAACUGGCUAAAUUUAUUAUCUAUUAACAUCCAGUGCUAGUAAUCAGUUAUAAAUACGAGUGUGGAGGAGGUUAAGGGUGGUUAUCCUGGUGCCACGUUCGGAUACACAAGUCGGCAGGCUGGCUCUGGGGUGCCGGGUCCCGGGGGUGUCAUGAGCUGCCCCGAGGUGAUGUAUCCAUACUAUCCUUACCUCUAUCAGAGGCCACCGCCGCCCCCGCAUCCCAGUCACCCUCAUGCUGCAUCACAUCCACAUGCACAUGCUAAUCCUCAUGCUGCUCAUCAUAGUCCCGCCAGGCCAGCGCCUUUUCAACCUUUCUCCGCGACAGCUACUCAUCAGUACGACAGGCUGAAUGUACAUCAAAGAUCACUGGAGGCAGCGGGAUUGGAGUUGUGCGCUGCCAGCGGGAGUGUACCACAGGGACAACCCAGUAGUGCGGGAUCAGUUGGCUCUGCCCCGAGCCCAGCUUCACCACGACCUACACCCCAACCUAGAGUACCUUUAGCAAGUACUACGCAACCAUCGAGAACUCUUGAUGAUGAUAGAUCGACUGAUGUAAUAAAAAUAACGACAAAAUUUCGUAACGAAAUAUGUCAAUCAGCUGUAGGUGCAGCGACGACAGGGGAGGACUCGGACGAUGGUGAGAGUAGAGCUCAAUAUGUUAGUGCCAAUUGCGUCGUCUUCACUCAUUACCGAGGUGAUGCAGCGUCCGAGGUCGAGGAGCACUUUCAACGUGCCUUGGCACACGAUAAAGUCAAAGAAAACAUCCCAAUGUCAACAAGAAACUUCCCGCCAUCGUUCUGGAACAGCCAACAUCCCGGCGACGUUUACGAUUACGCAACGGACCCAUGGCAUCCCCACUACCCCCAAUACCACCACAGAGCCGUCCACGAGUAUCAUCAUCACAACAUGGCGGCAGCGGCGAGUUAUGGCGGCCUGUUGUUAGGUGGCGCCAGAGGUCUCGGGCACCACACCUCCCACCACCCGGCACAUCACUCGCACGCAGCGGCGUCUUACAAGGAUUGGACGUCAGCGACACCGUCGCAAUCCCUCGUCGACGCGUCGUCAGCGCCCCCCUACCCCCAUGGGCCUUACGCGCCCCUCUCCGGUCUAGAUCAGGUACAGGUACAGGUACAGGAUUCCAAGGAUCUCUUCUGGUUCUAGAACACGCGGGACUCGGGAGGAUUAUUGUGAUGACUCGCGUCCGGAACUGAAAAUAUUUUUUGUUACAACUCUGUUGGUGGGAGGCAGUCGACCCUGGGGCCCAGUGAUGUGGGAUGUGUGUACAUAGUGUUACCUAAUUAUUUUAAGGCUGUUUAGGUAGUGAAGGUGAGAAAAUUAUGGGACAUGUAGUGGUAGAUUGCAAAUUGCACGCACCAUUUCACGAUUUUGAAGUGAAUGCCAGGAGAAAUUUGAUCGCGGAAUAGAAAUUUCUCGUUUUGCUUUAUGUUACAAUUGGAAAAUGGUUUUCUAGUGGCUGAAAAAUUUGUAAUUGGCGAAUUCGUAAUUGGGAUUAUUUAUUUAUUCGAAAGUACUUUCUAUUCUGCGAUCAACAAUGGUACAGAGUACAUGCUCUCUAGUGUACAAACCACGGAUCUCUAGUUCAUCAGUAGUAGGUAUCAUUAUAAUAAUUUUUUCAAAGGAAAAAUGAUCUAUUUAUUGAAUGAAAUUCUUGUCAUAACGUCAUAUCCACAUGAACGCUGUAUUGUAAUAUAUAUCCUGUGGGAGUGUUCCACUUGACAAUUCACGAGUAAAUGAUACAUAAAUACAUACUCCAAAGGUUUAAUUACUCCCUUCCAAAAGCCAAAUUAUUUUUCCCUAAAUAAAUCAGUUCCCAACUCAAUAUUCGGUUCGCUAAGUAGCUGUUGUCUCCUACCCCCCUGGGGACUUAAUCGAGUGAGCAAUUAACGCACGAUAUUGAAAUUCCCCGUUACACGUCUCCGGGCGAAUUUUUCCCCCGAUUUUCACGAGUCUUCGAUUUGGACUCUGGGACACGUGUAAAACGCCAUCGCUGACACAUCUGGCGGAUCUUUAGGAGCAUGAGAGAAGCCCUAAUUAACCCCGACACCUUCAGGCACCCGGAAAUGAGCUCCAUGGACCGCUUGACACAAGUACAUGGGCGUCUUUAAUAACGAGAUAUCGAUGAGUCGGGAUUUUCGUCCGGGAAUUUCUCUUUCUGGAAAUUUAGUUGGGCCGCCCGCGGUGGGGGGAACAUCGGGGAUGACGGAGAGCCCGAACCCCUGGGACCUUUCCACACGGGGAUUCUACAAAGUUGUCCUGAUAAAUCAGAAAGAACUUCUUUUAUUUUAGUUUUGGUUUUAACGUUUCGUAAUAGCGUGGGAUUUUUUUUACUGGAGGUGCGUGUGUAGUGAAGUAAUGUUUAAUAACUCAACCGUGAAUGCGACAUUGUACAUUUGUCAAAUAU